AUCCAUCCGUCCAAUCGCAGUCGCAGGUAUGAAUCCCGCUGGGGCUCGGGCGCCCCCGGCCGUCCGAUUCCGGCUGUAGCCCACGCGCGCAUUGUGCGCCGUGUCACUGUGUGGACGGCGCCGCGGCGUCACCCGUCGAUCAUGUGACAACCCACCACCACGGCCCGGGUGUCACGCGCGCGCCCGCGUCGCUCUCUGGUGGGAGCAGUGCGAGCUCGCUGGUGCGCUGCUGAGUGCCGAGUCUCAGCUCGCAACUACCAACCGGCAACCGCGCCAGCUCCAAUCCGCGCGAGCUAUAUAUUCGCUCCGCGCUCAGCUGUGCAGCUCCACCGCCGUAUCGUGUGACUGAGAGCAGCACCCAGGUCGACGCCGUUCUCGCCUAGCCGGCAGCUUUUUACAGCGACGCGGUGGGCGGCAAGGGCGAUGGACCCGUACAAGUACCUCAACAUCCGCUUCAACCCGGACGGCUCGCUCACCCGCAACGCCCAGGCGAAGCUCCUCCCGGCGGCGCCGUCGGGGGAGCCCGUCGCGGUCACCACCGCGGACGGCGGCCCCGCGCGCCGCAUUGUCCACUCCAACGACGUCCCGCUCGACGACGCCAAGGGCACGAGCGUGCGCCUCUUCGUGCCGGGCCUGGCCGCGGCGCCUCGCAGCGGCAGGCUGCCGCUGAUCGUCUACUUCCACGGCGGCGGCUACGUGCUCUUCCGCGCGGCCUCCGAGCCGUUCCACAACAACGCCGCGGUCCUGGCCGCCACCGUGCCCGCCGCCGUCGCCUCCGUAGACUACCGCCUCGCGCCCGAGCACCGCCUCCCCGCCGCCUUCGACGACGCCGUCGACGCGGUCAGGUGGGUGCGUUCGUACGCCGCCGAGUCGCCGGGCAGGCCCAUCUUCAUAAUGGGCUGCCACAACGGGGCCAGCAUCGCGUUCCGCGCGGCGCUGGCGGCGGUGGACGAGGGCGUGGAGCUGCGGGGGUUGAUACUGAACCAGGCGCACCACAGCGGCGUGGAGAGGACGGCGGCGGAGGCGGCGUCGGUGGACGACCGCGUCCUGCCGCUGCCGGCGAACGACCUGCUCUGGGAGCUCGCGCUACCGCUGGGCACCGACCGGGACCACGAGUACUGCAACCCGGAGGCCAUGCUGGCCGGCGUCGGAGCGGAGCGGCUGCGGAGGCUGCCGCCGUGCCUGGUGCUGGGCCGUAAGAAGGACCCGCCGAGGGACCGGCAGAGGGUGCUGGUGCAUGCGCUGCGGAAGGCCGGGGUGGCCGUGGAGGCGCAGAUGGACGGCGCCGGGUACCACGCGAUGGAGCUGUUCAAGACUAACUGCGCCGAGGAGUUCAACGCGCAGGUGACGGACUUCGUCCGCCGGCACGCCGGCGACGGCGACGGCGUCGACGUAUACGCUGCGAGGAGCAGGCUGUGAACGGUGGAUCCAAAAGAGGAGGUUGUUACAACGGCGCUGUCUCAUCUAGUACAAUUUUUAAACGACUAAUAUAUCAAUCAUAUCUUCUUCACCAUGCUAUGAUUGAUUGACUUGGACUGACGGGCUGAGGCUCAGAGCCUCGGAGUCUACUCCUACGCCGGCAACUACUACAAUCAGUAGAGUGUCGAGCUACUGGAUUACAGUAUUAUCCCCACUUUUCGAAUGGAUUUUUCACGUUUGUUUUCACCCUUUUUGCGUUAUUUAUUAAUUUUUACCACCUACCGGCGGCAACUUGAGAUCGCCGCGUGCUUGUUACAAUCAGAAA